AAAAAAAUUACCCCUGUGAAGUUCAAGUGUAUGUUACUGAUUUGUGGCCUUUGUUUAAUUGUAACAUUCAGAGAGGUCCUGUGGACGAAUGUUGUCUGCUAAAUUCUCUAUAUUCAAACAGAGAAAGGCUCUUGGUUUAACUGGAGACAAGAUUCAAAGAACAAGAGGAGGAAAAGAGGGGGAAAUAAAGAGGAUGGUAAAAGUGAAAACAGAGUGCGAGGGCUCAGGUGGCCAAGUCUGGUCACUCUGGUGUGUUUAGUAGCUGUUUGUUUUGAUCCGACUGGUGGGAUGGUUAAGGCUCUUUUAUGAAGUGUAACCACAAGUGGGCCUUGAAGGGGUGAGAAAGGCAAGAAAUCUCUGUGGGUUUGUUCAAGAAAAAGUUUGGAAGUGAUAAUACACAUGGAAAAAUUGCAAAGAUAAUUGUGAGCGGAGCAGGUGAAAGGCAAAGUGAGGCAGCUAUCACCACUGAGAUGGCAAAGGAUCGCCUUGACCCUGCGUCCACUUACUGCUUCAGAGUAUAUUGUGGCUUUUAAUGGAUACUUCACAGCUAAAGCUAGAAGUAAAUUUAUUUCAAGUGCACUAAAAAGUAGUGAUAUUGAGAACUGGAGGAUUGUACCACGCAACAACCCAGCCAGUGACUAUCCUAGUGAUUUUGAAGUUAUUCAGAUCAAUGAGAAACAGAAAGAUGGAGUAUUGACACUGGAAGGUCAUCCAAACAUCAAGCGUGUAACACCUCAGCGGAAGGUCUUCCGAUCACUCAAAUACUCUGAGUCUGAUCCAAUGUUGCACUGCAAUGAAACCAGAUGGACUCAGAAAUGGCAGUCGUCUCGUCCCUUGAGAAGAGCAAGUCUUUCUUUAGGUUCUGGCUUCUGGCAUGCAACGGGUCGACACUCAAGCAGGCGUUUGCUAAGAGCUAUCCCACGCCAAGUUGCUCAGACCUUGCAGGCAGAUGUCCUCUGGCAGAUGGGUUACACAGGUGCUGGUGUAAGAGUAGCAGUAUUUGACACUGGUCUGAGUGAGAAACAUCCACAUUUCAAAAAUGUAAAGGAGAGAACAAACUGGACUAACGAGAGAACCUUGGAUGACGGUUUAGGCCAUGGGACUUUUGUAGCAGGGGUGAUAGCCAGCAUGAGAGAAUGCCAGGGAUUUGCUCCGAAUGCAGAACUGCACAUUUUUAGAGUGUUCACCAAUAACCAGGUUUCAUAUACAUCUUGGUUUCUGGAUGCCUUUAAUUAUGCAAUUUUAAAGAAGAUAGAUGUAUUGAAUCUAAGUAUUGGUGGGCCAGACUUCAUGGAUCAUCCGUUUGUGGACAAAGUAUGGGAACUGACAGCUAACAAUGUCAUCAUGGUCUCUGCUAUUGGCAAUGAUGGCCCUUUGUAUGGGACUCUCAAUAACCCUGCUGAUCAGAUGGAUGUGAUUGGAGUAGGUGGCAUUGACUUUGAAGAUAAUAUAGCUCGCUUUUCAUCAAGGGGAAUGACCACUUGGGAGCUGCCUGGAGGUUAUGGUAGAGUGAAGCCUGAUAUUGUUACUUAUGGCUCUGGAGUGAGAGGUUCUGGUAUGAAAGGUGGAUGCCGCUCUCUCUCUGGGACAAGCGUAGCAUCUCCUGUGGUGGCAGGUGCUGUAACUUUGUUAGUAAGCACAGUUCAGAAGCGUGAAAUGGUGAAUCCAGCAAGUAUGAAGCAGGCACUUAUUGCAUCAGCACGUAGACUUCCUGGAGUCAACAUGUUUGAACAAGGCCAUGGCAAGUUGGAUCUUCUGAGAGCUUAUCAGAUCCUCAACAGCUAUAAACCACAGGCCAGUUUGAGUCCAAGCUAUAUUGACUUGACAGAAUGUCCCUACAUGUGGCCCUAUUGUUCUCAGCCCAUAUAUUAUGGAGGGAUGCCAACCAUUGUUAAUGUUACUAUCCUUAAUGGUAUGGGAGUCACUGGGAGAAUUGUAGACAAGCCAGACUGGCAACCCUAUCUCCCCCAAAAUGGGGAUAAUAUUGAAGUGGCUUUCUCCUACUCCCCUGUGUUGUGGCCUUGGUCCGGAUACUUGGCAAUUUCCAUCUCUGUAGCAAAGAAAGCAGCAUCUUGGGAAGGCAUUGCUCAAGGUCAUGUUAUGAUCACAGUAUCAUCCCCUUCAGAAAAUGAAUCUAAGAAUGGUGCAGAGCAGACUUCAACGGUGAAGCUUCCAAUAAAAGUGAAGAUUAUUCCUACUCCACCUCGUAGUAAGCGAGUCCUUUGGGAUCAAUAUCAUAAUCUCCGUUAUCCACCAGGAUACUUCCCCAGGGAUAAUUUGAGGAUGAAGAAUGAUCCAUUAGAUUGGAAUGGUGACCAUAUCCACACAAACUUCAGGGAUAUGUACCAGCACCUCAGGAGCAUGGGGUACUUUGUUGAGGUUCUUGGUUCCCCGUUUACAUGUUUUGAUGCAAGUCAGUAUGGGACUUUACUGAUGGUGGACAGUGAGGAAGAAUAUUUUCCGGAAGAGAUCACCAAGCUGAGGAGGGAUGUUGAUAACGGACUUUCACUUAUAGUGUUUAGUGACUGGUACAACACAUCUGUGAUGAGAAAAGUCAAGUUUUAUGAUGAAAACACAAGGCAGUGGUGGAUGCCUGAUACUGGAGGUGCUAAUAUACCAGCUCUCAAUGAUCUGCUUUCUGUCUGGAAUAUGGCCUUUAGUGAUGGGCUCUAUGAAGGCGAUUUUACCAUGGCAAAUCAUGAAAUGAAUUAUGCAUCAGGAUGCAGUAUUGCCAAAUUUCCAGAAGAUGGCAUCGUCAUUGCACAGACCUUUAAGGAUCAAGGUCUUGAAGUUUUAAAACAAGAGACUGCUGUAAUUGAAAAUGUCCCUAUUUUGGGACUUUACCAAGUUCCUUCUGAAGGUGGUGGCAGAAUAGUUUUGUACGGCGACUCUAAUUGCUUGGAUGACAGCCAUCGACAGAAAGAUUGCUUUUGGCUCCUGGAUUCCCUCCUGCAGUACACUUCUUACGGAGUGAUGCCGCCAAGUCUCAGCCAUUCUGAAAACAGGCAGCGACCACCGUCAGGAGGAGGCUACUCUCUCCCCGAGCGGAUGGAAGGUAACCAUUUGCAUCGAUACUCAAAGGUGCUUGAGGCUCACUUGGGAGACCCUAAACCUCGGUCCCUUCCUGCUUGUCCUCACCUGUCCUGGGCCAAACCACAGCCUUUGAAUGAAACAGCACCCAGCAACCUUUGGAAACAUCAAAAGUUACUGUCAAUUGACCUUGAUAAAGUGGCUCUGCCCAGUUUUCGACAGAACCGACCCCAAGUGAGACCAUUGUCCCCUGGAGAAAGCGGAGCAUGGGACAUUCCUGGAGGUAUAAUGCCCGGCCGGUACAACCAGGAUGUAGGACAGACGAUUCCGGUCUUUGCUUUUCUUGGUGCCAUGGUGGUGCUGGCGUUCUUUGUGGUGCAGAUCAACAAAGCGAAGAGCAGGCCAAAGAGACGGAAACCACGAGUGAAGCGACCGCAGCUUAUGCAACAGGUUCAUCCACCAAAGACGCCUUCUGUGUGAAAGCUCUCGCUUGCCAAAGAUGACCUCCUUUGACUGGUUCCUUUCCUGGGCGAGCCAUCGCUCCCAGUGAAGGUGCAGCAAACACGGCACUGAUUGUACUAGUAAUUCGUGCCUGACAUCAUCUCAUAGUCUUUGGUUUCUGGAGAGGAAAAAAAAAAAAAAAAGGACUUUAGUUGAUUGUACAUAAAACUGCAGCUUUAAGCAGCCGAAGCCACCAAAGACUUGAAUACUGUUCAAAUGGCUGCUUAGUCACUACAUAUCCCAAGAGGGGGAAAACGGACCUUUUUUUUAAGCUGACCAAACUAAAAUUUAUUUGUUUAGAGGCUAUUUUCUAUAUUUAUUGUUGGGGAGGGCGGGGGGAAAAGUCACUUUAAGGACCUCUGCUAAGGAAAAACAAGUGCAUUUUUUUGGAUGGAAUGCAAUUUUCUAGAACGGUAUUAUGCUGAAGAGUGUAACAUACACCAUUAAAGGAGAGAGGGGGCGAGAGACACCAGUACAAAUCAGUGAGACAUACUCCUGUAGUUUAUUUUUAUAAAGUCAACUACCAUGAUGUUUUGUAAUUUUUGGUCAUGAUUUCACCAUUGUUGGUGAAGCAGAUUUUCAAUAAAUGUUAUCUAUAUGAAGCUGA